AUGGCACCAUCCAGCGAGUACGCAGUGAGCGGAGGAGGCCGGCUGAAGAUCAAGGGCUCCAAGGUACAAGACGGGCGUGUGGAUAAGAAGAAGAAAAAGAAGAAGAGAGAUAAAGAGGGAGACGUUGCUAUGAGAAAGGAGGAGGCAGAGGAGGAAAAAGCAGACACAGUUGUCGGCGAAGCAUCGAACGCAAAGGAAGAAAAGGAGAGACGGAGUCGGAGUGUCAGUGAGCUUCUUGAGGGCGACGACGGCAAGACUGAAGCUGAGAGGAGACAUGCUGAGGCAAAGAGGAAGAGGCUCAACGAACGACUGAAGCGAGAGGGUGUCAAGACGCAUAAAGAGCGGGUGGAGGAGUUGAACAAGUACCUCAGCAACCUGAGUGAACACCACGACAUGUGA